AUGUGGAUAGCGAAACGGAUGGCGUCAACCAAUAUCGGGUCCUCGCCUGCUCUCACAUUCGAGCUUGUUGCUCGCUGCUCAACGACAAGAGCUCGCGCAUCCAUCCUGACACUUCCCCAUGGCCCGGUUCAGCUCCCCAUUUUCAUGCCCGUCGCGACGCAAGCCUCGCUCAAAGGCUUGACCCCCGAACAGCUCGAAGAAACCAGUUGUCGCCUGUGCCUCAACAACACCUACCAUCUCGGCUUGAAGCCUGGACAAGAUGUCCUCGACGCUGUCGGAGGCGCGCAUAAGCUCCAGGGAUGGAAGCAUAACAUUCUGACAGAUAGCGGAGGCUUCCAGAUGGUGAGCCUGCUCAAGCUGGCAAAAAUCACCGAAGAGGGCGUGCGCUUCCUUAGCCCUCACGACGGCUCGCCGAUGCUUCUCACCCCUGAGCACUCCAUGUCUCUGCAGAACUCGAUCGGGAGUGACAUAAUGAUGCAGCUCGACGACGUUCUCGUUACCACGUCCCCCGAUGCCGCCCGCAUGCGCGAAGCCAUGGAGCGCAGCGUGAGGUGGCUCGACCGCUGCAUUGCGGCGCACAAGAACCCUACAACACAAAACCUUUUCUGCAUCAUCCAGGGCGGUCUCGAUCUCGAAAUGCGACGAGAAUGCACACGGGAGAUGUUGGCGCGCGACACCCCCGGAAUUGCCAUAGGCGGGCUGAGUGGAGGUGAAGCCAAGGCGGAUUACUGCCGUGUCGUUGAGACUUGCACGGAACUGUUGCCCGACCUCAAGCCUCGCUACGUCAUGGGUAUCGGGUACCCCGAGGACUUGGUCGUGAGCGUCGCGCUCGGAGCAGACAUGUUUGACUGCGUUUGGCCGACGAGGACGGCGCGGUUCGGCAACGCGAUCACCAGAAACGGCGUCCUUAAUAUUCGAAACUGGCGGUACGAGAACGAUUAUGGCCCCAUUGAGGAAGGAUGCGGCUGCCUGUGUUGCCGAAAGGGGGAGGGCAGCUUGGGCGUCACACGAGCUUUCAUCAACCACAACGCCGGCAAGGAGACGGUGGCCGCCCACUUGCUAAGCAUACACAACGUGUGGUACCAGCUGAACUUGAUGAAGGAGAUACGUCAAGCCGUGAUCGAGGACAGAUUCCCUGCCCUUAUCAAGCGGUUCUUCGGUGAUCUGUACGACGAUGACAGGUCCAAAUACCCGGCGUGGGCUGUAGAGUCUCUGAAGAGAGUGGGGGUUGACUUAAUAAACGAGUAA